CUCGACUACGGACUAAGACUUUCUCCUGAAGUUUCUACGAGCUAGAAAGUAUGACGUGCAGAACGCCUUCAAGAAUGUCAAGAAGUACUUCAAAGUUCGAAGGGAGUACCCGGACAUGUUCGAAGAACUGACGCCUUCCAAAGUGCCUUUCGACGAUGCCUGUCGCAAGCAUCGUCUGGUCACGGUGUCCCGGAAGACAGAUCCCAAGGGGAGAGCUGUGAUAAAGUACAGGACAGGUGCCUGGAACACGGACAUAUGCUCGCUGAAUGACUUCUUCAGGAUCACCUUAGUACACGCCGAACAUGCCCUGCUUCGAGAAGAAUUUCAGAUCAGGGGCAUCGUGGCCAUUCUAGACAUCAGGGGCCUCAGCGUCUUCCACAUUACUCACUACACGCCUUCAGCUAUAAAAAAAUUUAUUACACUGUUCAGAACAUGA